AAAAAGAGAGAGAAAGCAAGAAAGGUAGCCAUGGCGGCACUCUGCCCAACAGCUCAUUUGCUCUGUACCAUCAAAAACACACACUCUUGUCUUCUUCCCCAUUCCCAUUUCUCAUUCCAACGCUGAACCAGCAGCCGCGCCUGCUUCCUUCCGCCUCGCCAUUUGCGGUGCUGUUUUGAUUUCGAUCUGUGUUCGGAACAGCGAAGAAGAAGAAGAUUGACGAUUGUGUGCUUUUUGAACCUCUGAUUUUUUAAGUUUGCAGCGAUAAUCGUGCAUUUUUUUUUUGUUGGAUUUUGGACUGGAAAUGCCGGAAUCUGAAAGUUGAAUCGAGAUUGGGGAUUGUUCGUGGAGAAUGGGGUGUUGGUACUCGAGAUUGAUCGAGAGAGAGGAGAAGGUGUCGAGAUGCAAGGCGAGGAUGAGGUACAUGAAGCAGGUCGUCAAGGCGCGCCACUCCUUCGCGGCGGCGCACGUCAUGUACGUCCGCUCGCUGCGGAGUAUCGGCGCCGCGCUCCUGCAAUUCGCCACCGCCGAGAAUGGACUCCACCGUCGCCACUUACCGCCGCCGCCUUCAUCUCCGCCUCGUCCGCCGCGCCGCACUAAUCCGCCGCCCCCUCCCCAUCCCCGCCCGCCGAUGAGCCCGACUUCCUGGACGACAACCUCCACGGCGACCUCCUCCGCCAUCCAUCCACCGCCUCCGCCGCCUGCGGCAGGCACCUCCGCCUGGGAUUUUUGGGAUCCUUUCAUGCCGACGGCCGGACGGUCUGUGGAUGAGGAGGAAUGGGAGGAGGAGGCGACGACGACGUCGGCGUCGGAGGCCGCCGCGACGACCGUCGCCGGAACACAACCGCCGUCUGUAGCGACGGCGACGUCCACCUCCAACACGACCACCGGCAGCGAGCUUGCGGUGGUGGUGUCCACCAAGAGCAAGGAUCUGGCGGAGAUCAUCCAGGAGCUAGACGACUAUUUCCUGCAGGCUGCCAAUUCCGGUAGGCCGCUGUCGUCGCUGUUAGAAGUCCCCACCGGCAGUUUCCAUAGCCAAACAACUUCAGGUAAGGACUAUGGACAUGGCAAAAGUUUGAAUCCGCUAAUGUGGACGUGGGGUUCUAGCAGUGCGAAAUGGAACACAUUUGGGAAGUUCUGUGAAGAUCCAUUCGAAAAACAAUUAGGCCCACUCAAUGGUAAUACCUCUUUCAACCAUUGUUCAACGGUCGAGCGGCUAUACACAUGGGAGAAGAAACUUUACCAGGAGGUCAAGAAUGCCGAGUUCUUAAAAUUAGAGCACGAGAAAAAGGUGGCCGCACUCCGGAAGCUAGAGCUAAAGAACGCCGAUUACAUAAAGACAGAGAAGGCAAAAAAGGAAGCCGAGAAAUUUGAAUCACAGAUGCUGGUAGCCUCGCAAGCCAUCGAAACCAUCUCUGCUGAGAUCAUCAAAUUGAGGGAAUCGAUGCUUUACCCACAACUACUCGAGCUCAUACAAGGGCUGACAAACAUGUGGAGAAGCAUGUACGAGUUCCAUCAGGUCCAGACCCACAUCGUCCAACAGCUCAAGUAUCUCGACUGCAUCCCGUCGACCGAGCCGACCUCCGAAAUCCAUCGCCAAUCGACGCUCCAGCUCGAGCUUGAAGCUCAGCAAUGGCACAUCUCCUUCUGCAACCUCAUGAAAGCACACCGCGACUACGUCCAAUCCCUCACGGGAUGGCUACGCCUCUCCCUAUUCCAAGUCGGCAACAAUCCAGUCCACAAAACCGGGCAGGACUCCGCCGUCUACUCCCUCUGCGAAGAAUGGCAGCUCGCGAUCAACAACGCCCCCGACAAAGUGGCCUCCGAGGGAAUCAAGAGCUUCUUGUCGAUGAUCCACGCCAUUGUCGUGCAACAAGCUGACGAACAGAAACAAAAGAAGCGAUCCGAAUCAGCUUAUAAGGAGCUCGAGAAGAAGGCAGCUGAACUCCGUUCGUUGGAAAACAAGCUCGGCCCGUAUUCAACCCUAGAAUCCUCCACGACCAAGAAUCCCAUCCGGGAAAAAAGAGCGAAAAUGGAGAUGGUUAGGAGUAAGGCACAGGAUGAGCAAGCUAAGCACGAGAAAGCAGUCGGGGUCACAAGAGCAAUGACGAUGAACAACUUACAGAUGGGACUCCCGCACAUUUUUCAGGCAUUGACGGGAUUCGCUAACGUCUGCAAGCAGGGAUUCGAAUCUGUGCAGAAUCAGGCGAAGAGCACCGGCGACCUGCAUAACGUGAAAUUGUUGAUGCCGUGAAAUGGAACUGAAUCGGAGAAAAGGUACGCUUACGGUUAUGAUUUCAAGCCUUUCAAUUUGAGUUUGUUUAUAUGUGUUUGUGUUCGUGUUUAUGCCGGGAUUUAGGGUCGAUUGGGAUGACUUUUAUAGAAUAAGAUUUCAACAUGUUCCCUAGCAAUGCAGUGAUGAUUUAGGUUUUAGUUUAGGUUCUUCAAGUUUAGGAAUGUUUAGUAGUUUGUUUUUGUUGUGCUGAAAAUUUGGUGUAGCAUAGUUGUAGCUGCUUCUGUGUGUUUUAGGACAGACACAUGAUGGAGUUUUAUCUUUACAUAUAUAUUUUUUGUUGUUCUUC